UGAACCGGGGCUCACUUAUCCGGUCCAAGGGAUCACGAUUGAAAAUACCGAACUAAUCAUCAAAAACCUCAGUCUAAUUCAACACUUUUUUUCAGUCGCAACAAGCUAAACAGAAGAGGGAGAGCAAAGAAUACGAUAACAACAAUGGCGUCGGCGUUGAGAUCUGCUAUACUCCGACACAUCCGGGUUCCGGCAACCCAAGCCCUAUCUGCAAAUGGAUCGAGGCUAACAGCUGUCAGAUUGAUGUCGUCGCACGAUGACCAUAUCACCAAAGAUGAAAUCAUCAACAGAGUCCUUGAUGUCGUCAAAUGCUUCCCAAAAGUCGACCCUUCCAAGGUGACCCCUGAAGUCCACUUUGAGAAGGAUUUGGGCUUAGACAGCUUAGAUACGGUAGAGAUUGUAAUGGCUCUGGAGGAAGAGUUCAAACUGGAGAUUCCAGACAAGGAAGCUGUCAGGAUAGAGUCCUGCGAACAGGCUAUUGAGUAUGUUUAUAAUCAUCCAAUGUCGAGUUAAACUCGAUACACCUUUGUUGGUUUGAAUUUGUUCAUCAAAAUCAAAGGUACACUUGCCCCUUGUCAUUUGACUAGUUCAAGGUUGUAGAAUUCUGUGAUUCUCUUUGGGAGAGGCAAUAAUCAGACUCUUAUAAAGACAAGUCGUGCAAGCUUUUCAGUUAAAGAACAUAUAAUCCUUUGUUGCUUUUCUUUAAAACACGAAAUUAAGUGUUUACUUUA